CUUCACCUGCACAGACAUGGCUCCUUGCUCAUCCAACUACUCCUCUUUUCACCACAUCAGGAUCUCUGAGAAAGACAACAUCAAAUUGAGAAAACCUAUUGUGGAGAAAAUGCGCAGAGAUCGCAUCAACAGCUGCAUCGAGGAACUCAAGAUCAUCCUGGAGAAGGAGUUCCACAAGCAUGAGCCCAACUCCAAGCUGGAGAAAGCCGACAUCCUGGAGAUGACCGUGAGCUUCUUGAGGCAGCAGCUGCAGCCGGGCCUCUGUAAGAGCGACUACAACCAAGGCUACUCUAACUGCUGGAGGGACUCUGUGCACUUCCUGUCUGCUGGACCCAACACAGAGGCCUCUGUGACUCCUCUGCAGGGCCUCCAGCAGCAGAAGCAGCAGCUCCAUCAGGCCCAGAGAGCCAGCAGCUCCUCCCCGGUCUGCUCCACCCUCAGGCCCACCACGCUGCAGGAAAGCAGCAGCAGCAGCAGCAGCAGAGGCCCUGUGUGGAGGCCUUGGUAGAGACUUUGACACACAAACACUCCGAGACCUGAGGGGACUCUCCCUCAAAUACGUAGGAAAUAUAUUUCCAGCCUGUUCAUUGAUGAUGGGUUUCCUUAUUGACUCAUCACAUUGAUGGACAAGUAGUAAACACGAAGGCUCUCAUAGUUGAAGGUUGUCUUGUUUUAA